AUUUUAAGUCCCUAUCAUGCCCAUGCCUAUGCUAUGUGGUUAUUUUGUAGUUACUGAUAUGACUGAUCAUUGAGGAAGUAUGCAUAUUGCAAUGUUAAAAGUUGUUUGCUGAUUGCACAUCUUUAUAAUAACCCGCUGGAUAAAAUUCGAGUUCGUAUCGUAUCUUGUUGGAAAAUGAACUACAUCUUUUACGAACAGAUCAAGUGAUGUUCCACGCAAUUAUUAUACAAUGAUCGCAGCUUUAUGAUCCAAUUAUUAUCGUGAAGAUGACUACGUUGCAAAAUUUGUUCUUCUCAUCAAUGUUUUAUUAUUUUAUGCUUGCAAGAGGCACCGCCAGCAUGACCAGCGGAUUGUCAGGUUGGCAGGCGUUAGGAAAGAGUUCCUAUAGAUUCGUUAAUAUUCCUCAAACUUUCGAUGAUGCUCGAACUUACUGCCAGAACUUUGGUGGAGAUCUAGCACAGUUAAAGACAAGGAAUAUUACCGAAUUUGUUCAAAUGUUGAUAGGCAAUCACUCGGCCUGGUUUGGCCUUCACAAUCUGGAUGAAAGCUGCAACUACCGUUGGAUUGACGGAUCCUCGCUUGAGAAUAGUUUCACCGGAUGGACUGGGUCACCAUUUUGCAUCAGAAACAUCAACUGCGUUCAACUCGGAGAAGGAACAUGGCAGGAACGCAACUGCUCUUUUCCGGGCUCUUUUGUUUGCGAAAACUCAGAUAUUCACAACGCUAUUAAGCGACCAGCUGAAGUUUACCAGUGGAUUUCUAAUCCAUUUGAUCCAGUCUCUCUGCUUAAAGUCUUGGUAAUCGCACCCGAAAUGGAAGAAAGGAUUGUUUGCAAACACAUCACCUAUGACGGAAGGGAUGCACUAACCCAACCUAUCCCGACUAGCACCGUAACACCGUCGGCGUCCCAAUCGUCUGCAGUCCACGAAGUGCAGUUGGAUCCGGAUUCGAAAUACCAAGCGGCCGGUAGAAUAGUUUGCGGGGUUUCGUCGGAGUUUGAUCGGCAUACAACAACCACCGUAUCGGCAUUUCAUCUUGUAGGACUACCUGACAGAGAGGCGGAGCCAGUGUCAGGACGAUUUACAGUGAUGGGUUACCCAGGAACACGUGUCACAGUGGAAAUGGAUACACUCAAACGACUGAGCAGGUUUCGUCUUCUGCUUCUUACGUGGACACUUCAUCAAUCAGAUAUCAGCAGAGGGGAAGUAAUCUUCCCAUCUUUGCACGACACAGUCCAUGGCAUAACGUAUGCAAGGGAGGAAGACGAGGGAACUUAUGUAGCAAUAAUCUAUGAUUCAAACAACAGUCAGAGAUUCGUCCAGUUUAAUGGAAGUGCAAUUCGGCUUAUAGUUCCUGAUUGUCCGGAAGGAAGAUGGGGUCCUCCAACGUGUCUAGGUAUGUGUAACCCCUGCUUCAAUGGAGGGAUCUGCCAUGAUCUUUCGGGAUCAUGCAUCUGUCCACCGGGCUUCACAGGAGACAGUUGUCUAACAGCCUGUGGUGAGGGUCGCUUUGGUUCAGAUUGUGAGAUCACGUGUGGAAUUGACCAGGAGCUCAGCAUGCCUUGUGCCGGAAGUCAGAUCUGUCGUCCUGAUCCUUACGGAUGCAAUUGUAUGUCGGGAUACACCGGAAAGUACUGCAACCAAACCUGUUCAGCUGGUCUGUACGGUGUGGACUGUCUUCAAAUUUGUCACUGUUCAGAAGGGACCCCCUGUAAUAUCGUCAGCGGGGAAUGUCCGGGCGAAUGUGAGAACGGCUGGACGGGUCCAAGCUGUCAAGUUCCUGAAACAUGCCUAGAAGGGUUCUACGGCGAGGACUGCAGUAAGGUGUGCCACUGCCUUAACGAGUCAUGUGAUUUGCAAACUGGUUUCUGUUUCAGGUCUAACGGUGUGUGCGCCAGUGGGUAUAUGACGGAUCCCAUGAGGGGGACAUAUUGCGAUAUCUACGUUGGUUGCUUUGAUUCGUGUUCCAAGACGUGCCAUUGUUCUGAAGGAGCACCAGAUUGCAAUUCUGUGACUGGUAGUUGUUUCUCUGGAAAGUGUUUCCCUGGAUGGGGUGGGCCAGCCUGCAACACGGUCAUAGAAAUUUUGCAGACAAGUACCAUAGCUAUUGUGAAUUCAUCUUCUGGAGUUAGCAUCAAUGAGAGAUCUAUUGGUGUCUGGACGGGUGGAAGUGCCUUGUGGGCUCUCUUGGCGACCACUCUCGUCUUUCUAUUGGCGUGCCUCGCUGCGUUACUGAGGAUGAGGAACAGAAUUUCGACAUCGAAAACACGACAAUCACAUGCUGAAGAAACCCCCUCGGACCCUACUUAUGAAACUCUUAACAAGGGACCCGAUGCUAUAGGAACCGAUAUCACGAGUCGCUCUUUAGGCAACAGUCUUGGCGUGCGACUGUCUUCACCUGCUGAUGCCGUACGGGAAGGCGCAUAUCAGCCUCUCUACAAGGGCCCAAGUGCUGUCACAACCAAUAUUCCAUUGGGCACUUUAAGUAAUGACUACGUUGACGAGGACCAGCCUUCCUCUACUGAUGCCGUCUCAUCCGAACACGCUUACCAACCCCUCUUUAAGGGUCCCAAACCAACAGGAAGAACGAUGGGUGGGAAUGAUGACGCGUAUGACUAUGCGAUUCCCAUGGAAAAUGUUAGCUCGAAGCCAAAGGUUCCAGAGAGCGACCAUUUCAACGAGUAUGAAAAGCCAAUCAGUUCGUCCGAUGUCGUCUAUCAGAACAGCGGUGUUAAGAUGAUAGACAAUUCCAAAUCAAAAUUGUUGUGAUCGAUUGGAUUAGUCUUCCAGAAUUAAUACGCUAAGAACAAAAGAUAGGAUCUAUAAGGACCUACAUCAUUAUGAUGACAGGUGUUAAUACAAAAUUAAUUUCAUGGGUCAUACUAUCAUCCUUGUAUAUCAGCAGAUGUAAAUACAAUAUAGACAGGUUUCAAUAUAGUUAUAUAGUUAGUUUAUGUAUAUAUCUUCUAUUCCUUUAGACCGCAGUAUGCGUCAUUAUUUGGUUGAAGUGACUUCAUAUUUAUUACAAUUUUUUCUGUAUUUCCCAUCCUCGUUUAGAGGACAAAUCCUCCACGGGUGCUUCAUGUUGUAUGUCCCUGCUGAUUAUAAAGAGUUAGAAAAUGCAAUGAACCCUGCAUUUUGGUACAGGUAUUAUUAUGUAAGUGUGAAACCUUAUAUAAAUACACUGAAUGAUCCGACUCCAACCUAAUAAGAUUUUGAUACAUGAUCAUUCAAAGCGUUUGUGUUACGAAAUAAAAAUGCAACAACGUAAAAGUCCAAAAAUGUGUUGUACCUAUUAUCCGAAUGCACACAAAUGAAGAUUGAGGAUAUUUAGGGUAUAUACACUAAGAUUUGUAAGAAACAUAAAAGAAUGCUUAAUGUCCUAAAAAGAGUGACAUUUUGUUCUCAAACGAACAGUUCUAGACCAUGUAGACGCGAGGUGAGGCAAUGAAUCUUUCUUUACUAAGGUUUGUAGAUAAUCACUAUUAUUUACCAACACGUAUAAAAAGGCAAUGAAACCAAAGCACACUUGGACAUUUCACAAGUACAUUAUGUGCAGUUUUCGAUGUUUAGCAUAGGGCUCAUAUCAUAUCCUUUAUGUAGUUAUAGUUUUAGGCUUAUUGCUUCUCAAAGUAUUUACACCGCUCAUCUACAACAUAGUCGCCCUCAGCUACACCAUCGCCACCAACCAUCCCAUCGUUGAGCUGACACACACCAUUGCAGACAUUAAACGACACGCACCCGUCUUGACCGUUACACUCAGCCCCACAUCUGACCAAUGAGGUUCCUUGUUUGGUUUUGAUCACGUGAUUUUGAAGGCGCCAUCCUUUAACCCGUUUGAAGAGAGCAGCCUUUCUGUGGGUCGGAUCGUAUUGGGCAGGAACUGCUCAAGAUAAAUGCAUUAGAAAAAAAACCAUUAUCACCAUCAUUAUUAGUAAUAGUAAAAUAUGUGGUAGUAUAUAGUGAUGGCGAAGAACGCUUUGCGUAUUUAUUUAACUGUUUUCGGUAUAUGUCUUAAGUGUUUAUUUUUGUGUUUCACGUAGAUUGGCUAUAUAUUGUGGAGCUGGCUAUAUAAUACUGUGGAGAUUUGAAUAAAUUCGAACGGUAAUUUUUUUUUUGGAAUAUUCAUUGAAAGCACCUGUUAUUUUCAUAGGACAUGUAAAGUGGAACUAUGUUAUAUAAUAAUAAAGAAAUGUCAGAACUCGUGAAUAAAUGUACUUUUUUGAAAACAGGUUAGAACGUUGUUUUCCAUCAGAAAGAGAGAAAUGGGAGAUACACACAAAUGUUGGGCAACAUACAGUCCACUGUGUUGGGUAAUGUAUUUUGUUAAACAUACAUACAUGUAUAUAUCUUCUGGGUAAUUAUGAUCCAAUUGAGCAAAUGUAUUAACCAAUUAUAAGUGUUUAUUACCCAAUUUGGGCAGAUUUUAUCCAAUAGAUGUGUGGAGAGUAUGUUGCUCAUGGUCGGGUAAAAGUUGGUCAUUUUUGCCCAUCUAUUUUAAGAGUGUAGAGAGAAAGAGAUAGGACGAAUAAAAAAGACAUGAAAAUUC